AUGCGGAGCUUAAGCAAACGAAACGAUUGGCACAAUCGUUACGAGCGCGACACCUGCUCCCCGAUCCCCACCUCCGAAGAUAUCGAUGAUAGUUGGCGACUCGUCAAAUCUGUCGCCAACCCGGAUGGAGGCUUCAACGGCGGCAUCGAUCUGGUCGUGAACAAACACGACGGCUUACUUGCCGUCCGCAAACGCCUACGCCCACGACCGCGAUGUACCGGGCAUGAUCACAUGCGCUGGCGACGAGAGAUGCUCGUGCUGCGUAAGCUGGAUCAUCACAACAUCCCAAAAUACUAUGACGGGUUCUUUACCCCGGAGCGAGGGAGUCUGUACAUGCAGCCAUGUCGGUUGGGGAGCGUGAGUGAUUUCGUUGAUUCGCACCGGAAGAAAUAUCUCAGUCUGGAGAUGCAGGAGUUCUUCCUCUGGUACAUCCUGCAUGAGGUUGCGGAAGCGGUGUUGUACAUGCAAACCGGGUUCAAAUGCUUGGCUGACGCGCGCAGAUCCCACCGUGACAAGGUGAAGGGUUGGGUGAGUCUCGUGCACGGCGACAUUCGACCCGAUCAGAUCUUCCUCAACAAUACCGAGUCGGAUCCCACCACACGGGUGAUGCUGGGUGAUUUUGGGUUCGCCCAAUUCAUCAAACCGUGGCAUUCCUGCGAGGUGCAUGAUGGGCCAGGCGGCAAGAGUAGUUCCAAGGCUCCGGAAUUUCCCAGCCAGAUCUCCACAGCCACUGAUAUCUUUGGUCUGGGCGCCGUGGCUCAGCUAUACAUCGCUCCUUGUGAGAAGGUCAAAGCAGGGCUCAAUCAAGGCUGGCUGAGUCAGCUUCAUGUGAGUAAGGAACUUGACUCCCUCGUUUGCCGCCUUGUUGCCGUCCAACCUGCUGACCGACCGACUAUUAGGGAGGCGCUGCAAGAGACCGAAUGGGGUCUCAAGGUACGGGAAGAUAGGGGGCUGGGACUGUCGUUGAUGGCGGGACCGUUGUUCAAGUGUUUGUACGCUUUUCCUCGCACCGCCCUGUCCAAUUAG